CCGGGUGAUGCUGCUACCCCCUGCGUUGCAGGCCCGUUUGGCCGGAGCGCCCGGAGCAGCCGAGCCGCUGCCAGUGCAGCGGGACUCCGCGGCGGGGGCGGCACCCUUUCUGUUCUCGCCGCGACCGGUGCGCUUCCCGCGGGACCACCAGUUCUUCGAGGAUGGGGACGUGCAGCGGCACCUCUUCCUGCAGGAGGUGCUCACACAGGUGGCGGAAGAGCCGGAGAAGUCCAGGGUGCCGGAGUUCACUUGUCAGGUGGCCGGCUGCUGCCAGGUGUUUGUGGCUCUGGAGGACUACCAGCACCACUACCACAUGCUGCAUGGGAAUACCUGUUCCUUCUGUAACCGCGCCUUUCCCUCCGGGCACUUGCUGGAUAUUCACAUCCUGGAAUGGCAUGACUCCCUGUUCCAGAUACUGGCCCAGAGGCAGGACAUGUACCAGUGCUUGGUCGAAGGCUGCCCUGAGAAGUUCAAGACCAGCCAAGACCGGAAGGAUCACAUGGUGAAGCUUCACCUGUACCCUGCGGAUUUCCGGUUUGAUAAACCCAAGACAAACAGAGGCCCAUCUACUCCAGGAGCUGCAGUCGAACUGUCAGCUAGACCUCUGCGGGAUGAUGAAGAAGCCAUGGAAGUCUGCUCUGAGCCAGCAAUGCUGACCCCCUGCAGGCGGACCUACAGUCACAGAAUACCUUCUACUAUCUGUUUUGGACAAGGUGCAUCCAGAGGGUUUAAAAGAACCAGAAAAAAUAAACACCAGUGAUGGAUUAUGGCAAGGAGAGAGAACCAGGCAUCUGGGCAGACAGGAUGGGAAGCAAGCCCCUUGUACCAGAGCCUUUCUCUUGCUUUUGAUUAACUGUCCUGGGAUUGGCCUUUGCUACCUGCUUGUCUCUAUCUCUAGCCAUAUGAGACAGCCAGUGAGUGUUAGCAGAAGUAGUAGGGACCUGAAGAUUACAGAACUGUCCAGGACACACUGAAGGAAUUAAGGUGGUGAGACAGCCUACCUCCCCCCCUAGGUGCCACCCAAAAACUGUCCUUUUUAAACAUAUGAAGUAAGUAUUUUUCACUGAUGGUGUCCAGUGUCCUUUCUGUGUUCUCACACCAGAUAGAAAAGUGGAUUAUUAUCUGCCAAUAUUAUUUUGCUUUUAGCACUUAUUUUUCAGGGAGACUCAUAAGAUCUCAGUAUCACUUACAGGCUGUAAAAAUGUAGGAUACAGCCACAGCUAUCCUAUCCCAUCUGGCUGAGACACCCUAGAUGUUGGACACAAGCUGGAGAGAAGACAGCCAUGGAGUAGGUGUUGGGAGAACUCUCAGGUAGGGAGGGUGAGGAAAAAGCAAGUCAGGAAGUUGGGCUAGUGUGUGAAGCAUACACAGAAGACAGGUGUGUCCUGGGGUAUUCCCUCUGUGAUGGUAAGACCAGGAUACUUGGGCCAGCCCUGGCAGAAAUCCUGCACCCACCUAUACUUACCUGGGUGCUUCUGUGCCAAAGGUACCAGUUCUGCCUCACUUUAUUCUGGGCUUUGGGUAUAGCUAGAGGCAGCUGGUGGUCACUCAUGAGCCCUGGCACAGAGCUGCAGCUGUGCUCAGCACUCAGGGAAUGAUGUCACACUUGGAGAAACCUCAUCAACCUGCACUCCAUCCUGGGUUGCCAAAUGCUCCAGGGAGAAAAUCUAAACCUUAAGGACAGGUCCUGUUAUGUUCUGAAGAAUUGUACUGACAAGCCCAGCCCUCAGCUCACUACAGAACUGCCUGAACAGCAAGGUAAACAAGACAAAGCAUCUACAACACACCACUCUUCCUCCCGGCAGACUCCAAUAACGGAGGACCCAAAAUGAAGCCUCUCCAAUUUUUGCCUUUGCUUACCCACCCCACCCUUUGGCAGGGUCUCACUCUAGCCCAGGCUGGCCUUAAACUUACAGUGAUCUUCCCUCAGCCUCCCAAGUAAUUAAAGUCAUGCACCACCACAACACA